CGACCCCACAAUCGGCGGGUAUAUAUGUAUCGCGCCUAAUGGUCGCGGGAGCGAAUUAUGGCAUUGUCUUUUAUCAGAGCUCAGGCAGUACAGCACGGAAAUUCACACCUGCGUCUCUUCGCCAGCGUAUCGACCAUGAAGACGGGAUUGGUACUGGGUGUCUACGAAACAGAGAGCGAGGACAACGUCGCGCUCACCCCUACGGCGGCCAAGUACAACGAGCUGGUCAAGGGCAAGCUGCUGAAGCACAUCCUGCUAGCAGGACCAAAGAUCCCUAAAGGUCAUGCUAGAGUGUUUUGGGGUUUGGAUGAAACAGAUUACGCCGGGGUCGCGGUAGUUGGACUGGGGAAGCAGGGCCUUGGUGUUAACAAACUUGAAGAGAUCCACGAAGGAAAGGAAAGCGUACGUGCUGCUGCAGCAGCGGGAUGCCGUGCACUAGAUGACGUGGAGAUAAAAGACAUCAAGCUUGAAACGCUAGGAGAUGCGGAAGCCGCCGCCGAGGGAGCUGGUUUAUCCACGUGGCUUUAUCAAGGAUAUAAAAAUGAGGAGAAGAAAAAGAAGUUACCAAAGAUCUCGCUGUACGGAGAUGAAGGAGAGGCAGAAUGGCGAGUCGGCACAAUUAAAGCCCAGGCGCAGAACUGGGCUCGCGAGCUGUCAGACACACCCGCGAACCUGAUGACGCCCACGAUAUUUUCGCAACGGGUCUUCGAGGCCCUAACGCAUCUCGGGGUCGACGUUCAGGUGCACGACAAGAGCUGGGCCGAGCAGAAGAAGAUGGGCUCGUUUCUCAGCGUGGCGCGAGGCAGCACCGAACCGCCCAAGUUCAUCGAGAUCAAUUACAAGGGCGCUGAUAAUCCGAGCGAGUCGCCGGUGACGUUCGUCGGUAAGGGAGUCACUUUCGAUGCCGGUGGCAUUAGCCUUAAGCCAUCGUCGGAGAUGGACGAGAUGCGCGCCGAUAUGAGCGGCGCCGCCUGCGUGGCCGCCACCAUCCGAGCCGCCGCCGAACUCAAACUGAAGAAAAAUAUCAUCGGGCUGAUCCCGCUUACGGAGAAUCUGCCGUCCGGACAUGCCACGAAGCCGGGAGAUAUGGUGCAGGCGAUGAACGGCAAGACCAUCAUCGUGGACAACACCGACGCGGAAGGCAGGCUGAUUCUCGCCGACGCGCUUUGCUACGCUCAGCGAUUUAAUCCAAGAUUUAUCUUGGAUAUCGCUACAUUAACCGGUGCCAUGAGAGUCGCUUUAUCGAACUCAGCGACUGGAGUGUUUACCAAUGACGGCAACCUUUACGAAACUCUGAGAAAUGCUGGCACGGUAACCGGUGAUCGAGUAUGGAGAUUCCCUCUGUGGCAGCAUUUCACGGAUGAAGUGACGAAAAAAGUCAAGGGUGCCGAUAUAAAUAACCUCGCCAAGUGCAAGGGCGGUGGCUCUUGCACCGCCGCUGCCUUCCUGAGGGAGUUCGUCAGCAAGGAUACACCGUGGAUGCAUCUGGACAUAGCUGGUGUCAUGGGCCCUGCCCACGACGAAUUACCGUAUAUUCCGGCCGGAAUGACCGGGCGCCCGACACGUACGCUUAUACAAUUCCUACAGGCGCUCUGUUAAACAGUCUGCAGAUGGUCAUUUUACGUAAACUCGCGCGUCAAACGGGUUCUUGUAAUUUUCUAUACAUACAUAUGUUCAAGUUUACACAGAAGGAUAUGUAUAUAGAGAUAUACAUAUAGGGGAAUUGCGCCUAAUAUGGAGAGGGAUUAUAUAGGACGAUCUAAUCAGACUUGAAAUAAUAACGUUCAGUGAUAAAACGCAUAAACAACUUACCGCAGGCCAGUACCAGCAUUUUUAACGUCUCGCUAGAGAUAACAAGCUCAUCGAUCAGGUUCCUACGAGAGUUUAAGAUCGAAGAUAGUAGGUUGAACGUGUUCUAACUCUAACAUGAUUUGGAAAUAUAUAUUUAAUAUCACGAAUCUGAAUAGACAUAGAAACGUGAGUUGAAAAUUCUAACAAAAUAUAAGGAAUGCUAGCAGAGAUCGUGAUUUCUGCAUGCUAUGGAAAUACAUUGCCAUUAUAAUAAGAAUAUUUAAAGAACAUAUAUAUUAAGUAAUGAAGGUUUAUACAUAUACAUUUUUAAUUCUUGAUAUAUUUGAUACAUCAAGAUAUAGAUAGAUGAUAUAUCUCAAAUAGUUAUAUUUCUAUCUGACAGAUCGUUAUCGAAAUACUUGACGAUUAUACGAUCCCCGGACUCAAAAUUGUCAUACCUCACCAUAUUAGGCAGUGCCUAUACCUUUUAAGUUACCACUUCUUAUAUUAUGAUUAAACUAUAUAACCCGUAAAAAUAAUGUAUACAUGCGGUAAAGAAAAGGAUGUCUGAAAUAGAAUACUUAACAUCCAGAUGUGAAGCUGCUCAUUUUCAGAACGUUUUUGUUAAGGAUAAAUUCCGACAUCUCUAGAUACGUUUGGUGUUGUAAAAUUUAUGAUUUAUGUAUUCAUUGCAUUUUGAUAUAUACAGGAGUAUAUUUGGAAAACUUGUCAUAAAGUUAUUUCUAUUAAUCUAGCUUCAAUCUAAUCUAACCCUUUUGUUUAAAUUCAUCUGUAUCCCAUUUUCCAAAAAAAAUCCAACAGCAAGAUCUUCCCUCCAUUAGACACCGUUCCCCUAUAUAAAAUACAAUUUUCAUUACAAAUUAAGACAAUCCCUUUGAUACAUACGACUAUCACGUUCGAUGGCUCGUAUAUAUAAAACUGCAGUUUUUAAAAUAAGUUUGUAACUCUUUUACAAUUUUGUACAGUCGAAUUGCUUUUGUGUAAAGCCGAGCUCUUCUUUUAAUAAAGAUUAUUGAAGACCU